AUGAAAAAAGAAAAGAUCGAGAGCGACUUACUUUUUAAAGUACCUCGUUAUAUUCCUGAAGGAGAUUUAAACAAUAACGAAUUUAGUAAAAUAAAUAAUGUAGAACGUGGGAGUGGGAAUGAAAAACAUGUAAUGACUAAAAAAUUAAAUAAAAAUAAAGAGGGAGGGACCAGUGAAUAUCGUAGUGAAGCUCAUUAUAAUGAAGAGGAUUCCAAAAAUUUAAAUAAUGACAAUUUAGAAAUAAGCGAACAAAUAUGGUUUAACAAUUUAUUAAAAAAAAAAAAUGAGCAAGUUGAAGCUACACAUUUAUUCGAGUCUGAAUCAGAUGAAGAAGUUAUUAUAAACGCAGAUAAUAUUUUUAAAAACAUUUACCCUUUUUUUAAAACGGAUGAGGAUCCAGAUUAUAUAAAGCAGAAAAAUGAAUUACAAAGAUUUAUAAAAUACAAGACGUAA